AUGUUGCAUGGGUUGAUACAGUAUUGCAUCGAAAACUCACUUGAGCAGAGUAUAAUUGAUGCCUCCAAGGUGGAACCGAUAAUUCCUUGUCUGCCUAGUCCAAAACUGCCGUUGCCUAGAACUCUUGAUGAUUUCCUACUCACACAAUCUCCAAGGCAGAUUGUGUCCAACGGCGUCGAAAGUAUUAAUGAUACAGAUACAAUUCAUAAUCUAGGAUUCAUGUUGCAAGAAAAAUUGCCCAGAGUGCAAUGCUGUUAUGACCUUGAAAGAGGAACAUUCGAUGUCAAAUGGGCAAACCAGCUCAUUGAUUGUUUGCACCAGUUUUCCCCCUGCAUGUGCGCCUCUCUGUUGUCUGGUGGGCUUUACCAAUCAAUUGACUGGUGGUCAAGCACCGUGCCCCCAGUACGGAGUAGCGGCACUGGGUUGACCCCUUUCCACUUCGAGGCUGCUUGA